UUUCACGCGAUCCACCGCUUUAUAACAUGGCCGCCUCCGCCGUCCCACUCUUCUCCACCGGCCCCACGAACCGUCUCCGCCACUGUCCGCAACUUCCGGUCUCUAGGCUCCCGGCGAUCCCCCGAGUUGCCUCCCCGUGCGAAACCCUUGCUCCGGCGACGAGGAUCUCCCUCUCCACCGCAACCGCCCCAACCCACCUCCCAUCCCACCGUAGGCCGACGUCCCCGCCUUCCGCCAUGGCCUCCAAGGCGACCUCCGCCGCGUCUGCCGCGAGCGGGAAGCAAGGAUUGCUAGUGUUCGACAGGGAGGAGGUGCUCUCCGUCUCGCUGGCGAAGUACACGGCGGAGCUGUCGGAGAAGUUCGUUCGCGAGAGGGGGGCCUUCACUGUGGUACUCUCUGGCGGAUCUCUCAUUAUGUCCCUCAGGAAAUUGACGGAAUCUCCGUAUUUGGAAUCGGUGGAUUGGGCUAAAUGGCAUGUAUUCUGGGUGGAUGAAAGGGUGGUGCCGAAGGAUCACGAAGAUAGCAACUAUAAGUUGGCGUUUGAUGGAUUUCUGUCCAAGGUCUCAAUUCCACCAGGUCAAGUUUAUGCCAUCAAUGAUGCCUUAUCAGCUGAGGGUGCUGCUGAAGAUUAUGAGACUGCCUUGAAGCAUUUGGUCAAUGUUGGUGUGGUGGCAGUGUCAUCAGUGACAGGAUACCCAAGAUUUGAUCUUAUGCUGUUGGGGAUGGGACCAGAUGGUCACAUUGCUUCUCUUUUUCCUGGCCACCCUCUCCUUCAUGUGACAGAGAAAUGGGUAACCUUCAUAAAGGACUCCCCCAAGCCACCACCGGAGAGAAUCACAUUCACAUUGCCUGUAAUUAACUCAUCCGCUUAUAUUGCAAUGGUGGUCACUGGAGCAGGGAAAGCUGGUGCUGUGUGUAAGGCUCUGGGAAGUGAGAAAAGUGCAUCUGAUUUGCUACCUGUUGAGAUGGCUUCCCUUGAAGAUGGGGAGUUCACUUGGUUUACCGAUAAAGCAGCAGUCUCAAUGCUUCAAGGUAAGGCAAGCGUGUAGUCAUGUAAGUUUCUGAUAGAUUCCAUGGUCGUCUUUGUUUGAAUAACUUGUCUGGAAGAGUUCAUUUGUCCAGAUGUUCUGAGUUGUCUUUGCACACUUCAAGUUUGGCCUAUUUGUCUAUAGGCAUUAAUGGACUAUAAAACUUUUCUCCAUCUGUCUUCUAAAACUUCUCUACUGUGUCAAUCUAAUAACCAUUGGUUGUUGUUC